CCACCACUCAGCAUCUUGCGCUCCAAACUCUCCCGAUAAAGUCGCUAUUCUGCACUCAUCAUGGAUCUCGAAGACUUCGAUGCCGUAUUCCGCGGCUCCGAGACCGGCUACGACAAAGACACCGUCGAUGAGAUCUUGCAAAACCAGGGCCAGCUUGGCGGCAAGCUCUUCUUCCAGCGGCUGCUCGAACUGCUUGGGAUUAAAUGGCGAAAAGUCUACCCACCCCCAACCACAGCCGCCCUCCACGAUCUGCACGCCCGCAUCAUCUCGGCCCCCAUCUCACUACACAAUAAACAAUGCCUCCUCUUCUACAUCCUCAAAGACCUGACCCCCUCCUACCAAGACCAAACCGAACUAGCCAGCGCCUUCGCCUCCUCUGUCCACCUCGAAAAGCGCUUCUGGACAUUCCUCGAAGGCCUAUGGGCGCUCGACCACCUAGAGCUCGAGACCGCAGUCGGAUAUCUCACACACCCAUUCAUCAUCCCGACCUUCCCCGACGAAAUAAUGCUAGCUUUGUUGAACCAACGGCUCAUGCCAGAAGGGGUGACGAAUGCAGAGUAUGUUCUUCCAAUGGCGUAUUACAAUUGCGCGAAACCACCGUUAGUCUGUGAGGCCGCGAAAACGGAGUUUGUGCGGUAUAUGGCGGACCGCGAUGUCACAGAAACAUUCUACUGGAUUCGAGGACGGCCGGACCACGAGCGGAGACAACUCCUUGAAGUCCUAGUUGAAGAGACGUUAGAGCCUCCGAUCCAGCGGAUUUCGAAUGAGGCGUAUGCGAGGGAGGAUAGGGCAGAGGAGUUUGUUAGUUUGCCAUUUGAUGCGGUGGAGGAGGCGUGGGUGGAGGCGUUUUUGACGGAGGGGAAAGGAAGGAAUUAUAGAGGGGCCCAGGACACUGUGAUCAUGAGGAGGAUGGCGACGGGGAGGUUGAGGGAUGCGGUGGGAGAUAGACAGGUUAAGGGGAAGAGGAUUGAGCAUGUUAAUUGGGAUGUUUUGAAGGAUGGGGUUAGGAGGGGGUUGGGGCCGAGGAAGGAUGAGGUGAACCCUUUCCCGACUUCGUAGGGGUGUUGGGGGUAUAAGAAGUUUUAGCUUUUAGUGGAGCAUAGCGAUGGCGUUUGGGAAGUUUCUAGGGCUGGGUCGAGCGCAUUUAGGAGCACGAGAAGGUAUGUUAGAG